UGUCAGACUGUAGAGGAUAUCGCUCGUGGUUAAACUAGAGGGAAAGAGAACCUUGGCAUCGGUGUUCCUCAGUGGUGCGUGCUGAAAGACCGAAAAUUGCCAUUUCGAUAAAAGUUACCUCGGAUACAUCGCGUUUACAGUGUCCUAGUACGACUCCUUUUGCACACCCUACAGCCAACGACAUCCAGUUGUUGCUUUUCGUUUUUUUUUGACGUACUUUUCUCGAACAACGGCUGUUUCGUGACUUUUUCGUUGUUUUGCAACUGCAACUAUUGGUAACGGGUCUUGCGUACAGGACACUCUUCAGUUAUUAAGACGACACGAAGAAAAGCUAGUCACAGGUAGCUACACCGUGGUUCGUUCAUCGGCAAGAUUCUCUCCUCUUCCGAUACUUUGAUAACCUCGCAUCACGACACCAAGCAUCUUCAUCGUCGUUCGACCGUACCUUUCCGCAACAGAUUUGUCCAUUUACUGGCAAUCAACAAAAAACAAUGUCGACUAUCGUAGAUUGGUACAAAGACGUUAUAAACAAUAAAUGCCAUCCAUACACUCAGGAUUGGUUUCUCGUGUCAGGACCAGGUCCUCUGGCGGUAAUUCUCGUUACCUAUGUGUAUUUUUGCCUAUCCGCUGGACCAAGGUACAUGAAGGACAAGAAGCCGUACGAAUUGAGGAAAACCAUGAUCGUGUACAACUUCGUUCAAGUGAUAUUUAGUAUAUAUCUCUUUUAUGAAGGAUUGAUGGCUGGAUGGCUGCAUGACUACAAUUACUCUUGUCAGCCUGUUGACUAUUCGGACAAUCCAAAAUCUAUCAGGAUGGCUAAGAUUGUGCACUUUUACUUCAUAUGCAAGUUGACAGAGCUUUUGGAUACGGUGUUCUUUGUUCUUCGGAAGAAGAGUCGUCAGAUCUCAACUCUUCACGUGUAUCAUCACACUCUAAUGCCGGUUUGCGCUUGGAUCGGAGUCAAGUUCCUGCCGAAUGGCCAUGGAACGUUUUUGGGCCUCGUCAAUGCUUUCAUUCACAUAAUCAUGUACAUGUACUACAUGCUGUCCUCGAUAGGGUCACACAUGAACAAAUAUCUCUGGUGGAAAAGGUAUAUAACGAUGCUCCAGUUGAUUCAAUUUGGCAUGAUUUUUAUCCACACCAUUCAACUAUUCUUCAACGGAUGCAAUUAUCCAAGGCCUAUUGCGUUCCUGCUCUUGCUGAACGCGACGAUCUUCAUCUACAUGUUCGGGUCGUUCUACGUCGAAAAUUACCGUAAGAGACAACGAACACAGAUAAAGGAUGGGCAAAUAAAUAUGGCAGCGAAGAAAGUGGAGUGAAUUAAUAUCGUUGACGCGGUUUUCUUUUCGCUUGUUGUACUCCUCCUCGUUACAAAGGAACAUUUCACCUUCGUUAGGUACAUAGAAGCGUACUAGCACAGAAUGGUAAAUUUAGUGUUUCAAAUAUUUAUUGCUGAUCGAUUGAUUUCGUAUAUUCGAAAACCAGAGACGAUCUUCAUCUCAUCGAUGACGAUCUCAUUUCUUUCCUUUACAUUUUCUUUGUUCAAAAAUUUAUUUUAUGAUCGAACAUUGACCACGCGUAAUAUAUAUUUAUGUAUGAAAUUUAUAUAUAUAUUUAUGUAUGCAUCUUAAAUUAUCAAUUAUUUUUAAAAUUUUUCUAUUUAAUUAUAGUAGAGUUUGUAAGAAAUAUGUAAGAGUUCCUUUCUUUUCUUCUUUUUAUUAAAUUCGAUAUAUUUUUGGUUGCCUAAAAGUGGAGCAGAUGCAUAAUAUGUAUUCUGGGUAUGAAGAGAACAUAUGUAGUCAUACCAAAGAUAGAUAAAUCUCGCUCCAGCCAGAGAAGUAAGUAGAUUGUGAUUCAAGACACCAGACAACAUGAUUUUAAAAAUCAAGUAUCUCCAGCUUGUGCCUUAUCAUGAAAGGAAAGUACUGCAUUGAAAAAAUACGAAAUCAGUUUCAUAUCGUAACGUUCGGUCGAUAACGUUGAUAAUGAAGGAAACAUGAUCAAAGGGUUUAUCAAUCAAUUCGGCUCUUUCUAUCAGCUCAUCGAAUUACACUGUUCGUCGAUAAGAUAGACCAAUAAUGUGCCUUUAUCGAAUCUUCCUUCGAAUGAAAGUAUUAAUGUGCUUUAUUGUAUUGAAAAUUUAUUGUAUGGGAAAUAAUUGGUACUUUUUCUAAACACUGUUUCCAUAACAAUUCGGUAACUAUUUGGCACAACAACUUUUAAUACGAAUGUACAUACCUACUUGUAAGUGAAAAUAGAAUUUAGAACAGAAGCAAAGGUCAAUUUACUUUGUUUAUACCAGUGCAAAUAAGUUAUAAAGACGUCCAGCGUUAGAAAUAAAGUGAAUUAUCUUAAAUUACGUAUAACGUUGUACAUCUUUUCAACGUUUAAAAAUUUUUCUAUUUAAUUGUAAUUUCUUUAAUGGAAUGUGUUUAUAAUAGAGUAUAAAAAUUAAGAUCUAUAGAAUUAGAAAUCAAAUAAUGAUUACGUAAGUUCACAAAAAUUUAUUAACAAUGACAAUACUUAUUUGUAGAGUAAUUUUGUGGAAAAAUUAUCGAUACUUUUCAAAGCAAAAUUAAUUUAAUCGCAUCAUCUAGUUGUAAAUAUAUAAAUAUGGAAGUAUAUAUUCAAUAAAGUAGUUACAUUUUUAGAUA